ACCCUUGAAAGGAUCUUGUGUCUGGUGACCCGUCCGUUCAAGAUGCUAUUUAGCUGGCAUUGCAGCGGGUGGCGACUGAAGAUUGGCUUGGACUGGAGUGCCCGGGUACUUUAGUCAUGUCGCGAAGCCGCAGAUUCUCGACAGUAGUAUGGUGGGUGGCGCUUCGUGGAUGCUUCACGCAGGACGGUUCUUCGGCCAAGUUCACCUGGUCACCAAGAAACUUGAAGUCUCGGCGUAUGUGGUCCUCGAUCUCCUAGUCACCACCAACGAGAGUUGGACGUGGAGUUACCACCGAAGCUUCCAGCCUUCACAUUACCAAAUAACUUCAGCUGUAAGUAAGUGGCCGGGGCUUAGGCUUGACUCGAGCUUCGAGACCCGCAUGCGAGCAGCUUAAACGCAGAUUCGGUGAGGACAAUACUACCACGGCCUAUACUUGAUCG